AUUCUAUUCACAGGCCAAGGUGAAACCUUCAACUUCGGUAAUUUCCUAGAGACAACUUCCCCAUACCUAUGGGCUUGUCUGGGUAUUGCCGCUUGUAUUGGUUUAAGUGUCGUUGGUGCUGCUUGGGGUAUUUUCAUUACAGGUUCUUCAAUUCUGGGUGCAGGUGUUCGUGCACCACGUAUCACAACAAAGAAUUUAAUCAGUAUUAUUUUCUGUGAAGUUGUGGCCAUUUAUGGUUUGAUCAUGGCUAUUGUGUUUUCAUCAAAAAUCACUAGUGCUAAAGCUGAUACAUUAUACUCAAAAAGUAAUUUGUAUACUGGUUUCUCUUUGUUCUGGGCAGGUAUAACUGUUGGUGUUAGUAACUUAAUUUGUGGUGUUGCUGUUGGUAUCACUGGAUCUACUGCUGCCGUUUCUGAUGCUGCUGACUCUUCAUUGUUUGUCAAGAUUCUUGUUAUCGAAAUUUUCGGUUCAGUCUUGGGUCUAUUUGGUUUGAUUGUUGGUUUAUUGAUGGCUGGUAAAGCUGCCGAUUUCCAAUGA